UACAGAGGUUAAAUCAUUGUUGCAAGAAGCAGAACAAAAGAAGUUUCCUGAAUCGGAGUUGCUGCAGGCAUUAAUGCAAGUCGUCACGGAAGCCGAGAAGUGUGCAAGUGUUGCCCAGCAACUUUCCUGCAAGAAAGUUCGGACACGAACACGGCAGACCAUAGAAGCAAAGUACAAACUGACAGUCGAAGAGCUGUCAUUAUUUUAUGAACAAAUAGAAAGUUUACCAUGCACGAUAAGGGAAGGUGAAGGAGUGAAGGAGUUACUCGAUAGAGUUAAAGAUUUUCAGACGGAAGCAGCUGAACUUUUAGGCCAAGAAAUGCCAGAGUCGCAAUUGGUGGAUAAAUGUAUAGAGAACGGCAUUGUAUUGGAUAUUGAACUGUCAGAAAUUCCGAAGCUGAAGCAGGUAAUGUACAUUCUGUUUUGUUGUCGCCUUCGGAUGUAGGGCGAGUUGAAAAUAGUUCCAGUUUUUAUGAGCACAGUACUGCAAAAAAAGAAAUGUUUUCUGUAAAAGUUUUUGAGUUUGAUCGUAAUCAU